AUGGAUGCAAUUGAAUACUAUGAAAAACAUCCGGAAAAGGAAGUGGCAUUUUUAUUUGUGGAUGCAGAGAAGGCGUUUGACAAUCUCAACUGGGACUUUAUGUUUCAAAUGAUGAAAAACACAGAAGCGGGACAACACUUUAGCAAUCUUAUUGAAGCGAUCUACUCAGAACAAAGAGCAAAAUUAAACGUGAACAAAGACUUGACAGAGCACUUCAAGAAACAGAACGAGGAUGAUACUGAUGAUGAUUUGGAAAUUGCCAUCGAUAACACAGCUUUUAUGGAUGAGUUCUUUGCAGAGAUUGAAGAAACACGGCUAAAUAUUGAUAAAAUUGCUGAGAAUGUAGAAGAAGCAAAAAGACUGUACAGCAUUAUCCUCUCUGCCCCCAUCCCUGAACAAAAGACAAAAGAUGAUCUGGAUCAGCUCACAGCAGAAAUCAAAAAAAGGGCUAACAGUGUCCGAAACAAACUUAAAAGCAUGGAGCGGAACAUUGAGGAAGAUGAAGUCCGGUCAUCAGCAGACCUGCGGAUACGGAAAUCCCAGCAUUCGGUUCUUUCUCGAAAAUUUGUUGAAGUGAUGACGAAGUACAAUGAGGCCCAGGUUGACUUCCGGGAACGGAGCAAAGGGAGGAUCCAGCGGCAGCUUGAGAUUACUGGGAAGAAUACAACAGAUGAGGAGCUGGAGGAAAUGCUAGAGAGUGGGAAUCCUGCAAUAUUCACAUCUGGGAUCAUGGAUUCUCAGAUUUCAAAGCAGGCAUUGAGUGAGAUUGAAGGGCGGCAUAAGGAUAUUUUGCGGCUUGAAAGUAGUAUCAAGGAGCUUCAUGACAUGUUUGUGGACAUUGCCAUGUUGGUGGAAAACCAGGGAGAAAUUGUAGAUAAUAUAGAACUCAACAUGAUGCACACCAUAGAUCAUGUAGAGAAAGCUCGUGAAGAAACCAAAAAGGCCUUGAAAUAUCAGAGUAAGGCACGCAAGAAAACAAUCAUUAUCAUUGUGGUAGUGAUUGUCUUGCUGGGAAUUGUAGCUCUGAUUAUUGGACUUGCCGUAGGGCUGAAGUAGCCCACCGGGCUGCUGGCUCUGAACCAUACUCCUUGAACUCUUCCUGGAUUGGUAGCAAGACCUUCCCUCCUGAUCCACAUCACUGUGCGGUGACCUUCCCUCGCCCUACCCUCCAGCCUUGCCUCCUUGGAUUUAGUAUGAAUUGUUCCUUGCAGGAGGGACCUGCGUGCACCAGCACUUGUUGCAAGAGCCACAUGAUGCUCUGGCUCACUCCUUGAAUGAAGCGCCACAGCCAGAAGAUUCUAAUGUAAUUUGUGCAGCCAGAGAGAUCUUGUGACAUCCUGGAGGGAACCCCCAUAAAACCUGCUCCUUCCACCCCUCCCAUCCCUCCCUCUCUUCCGGCUGUACCUGCUGCCUCCAGUUCCAAGUCCUUCCUGGUGUCAUGUUGUUAAGCUUCCAUCCUUCCAGAAUUUUCUCCAAUUACAAUGGAAAGGACCUUAAAAAUGUUUGGAGACACUAUUGUCUACCUCAUCACUUUUUGUUCUAGCUUCAGAUUCAAUGUUUUUAACAGGUUAAGCAUCUUUAUGAAGUACACCAGAGGUUGUUACUUGUUAAAAUUGCCAACAUUAGGGGCCAAGGAUGAAACCAGUGCCUGCCACAUACUUGCUAAAUCCCAUGCCCUUGGACACUGAGGCUGGCUUUCUACUGUCUUUGAAUGAUGCCCAGGUCUUGCAAUGCUUGCAAGGUUCAAAAGCCUGCCAGAGCCGCCACAGCACACAGUGUCCUACCAAUGCCAAAGAGUGGCCAAGUGCAAGGAGGAGUAGUGCUGGGUCCUUAGUAGGGUAAACUGUUCUAUGACAUUUGCAGAGCUUUGCACCAAGCCAGUCUUGGGGAGAUACAGGCAGUUAGGCUAAGAGGCAGACGCACGAAAACAGCAGGGUCUUCAAGCCAGGGUUCCCAAAUCAGGCUAGGAAUUGUAUACCACCUAUGGAAGGUAGCCUUGAGAAUGUGUUGCCAAUGGGUAGCAGGCUAAUUUUCUAGAUCUGAGCUAGAAGAAUCGUGUUGCCUCAGAUCAGACUAAUGAGCAUUGCAGUAGAAUGUCUGAGCUUUACGGCACCUGCAACUGUUGUAUGUGUGAAAAGAAAGCUGUCCUUGGAGGCAGACCAGUUCAUUAUUGUUUGGAAUAUAAUCAUGUUUCUGAAUGGGGUGCAAAUCGUGAAUGCCUGUGUGGUGCUAAAUGUGUGAUUUAUGUCUGGUUUCCCACAAUCUGUAUUUUUUUUCCAGUUUGAGGGUGUGAAGAAACUAAUAGCCAGGUUGGUUUUGUAGUGUUAUAUUUUGUGAAGGGUUUCCACCUACAGCCACAUUUUAUCCAUUGCGCAAAUCACUGAUUUGUAAAUAGGUCAUUUCAUAGGCUAGAUACAGAGAGAAAUAUCAGAUUAGCUACUUAGCUUUAUCUUCUAAGAAUAUAAUUUUAGACUUGGAUCUUGCAUGAUAAAAUUCCUCUCCAAGGUUUGUUAACUUUAUGUUGCUUUGUGUAAAAAAACAUGCUACGAUAUUUCUGUUCACCAGGUCUAUGGCCACUCACUGAUUGGUCCUCAGCUUUAGACUUCUGCAGGUGUCAGUCACAGAAAUGGGAGUGCAUAUGCAUAAAGAAUAUAUCUUUGUUUCCUUUAAAAUAUUAAAAGAGUGAGGGAGUUGGUUUCAAAUAGCAAAAUCUAGUUGUGGCUGAAAAGUUAAAACCCCUAUUCCUUCCCUGCGUGGCCCCAGUGCAAAUUAAGGCUGCACAGGAUGGAGAUGUUGACCCUUCAUCAAGUCUGAUUUUACCUGAAGAGGAAUCUUCUAUAUUGCAGUUACCCUUUCUUUCAGCAUCAGUAGUGUUAUUGUUUGGGGCGAUUCCUUUUAUAUUGGGAAACUGGAGGUUUGGGGGCAGAUGAGAGAGAUUCCCAGGGUAGAGGGCUUUAGUUUCUGUUUAUGUGUCUGUGGCAGCAGCAUCCAAACUAGAAAGCUAAUUUUUUUGGUCCUGCUGUAUUCCAUGGGAGAUUACAAUUAAGAAUGUGUCUCCUGGAGAUGGUUACUAGCAAAAUCUGGCUGGUCCAGUUGUGCUUCUGCGCUAGCAGCAUCAUUCACAUUUAC